ACGUUAACAGUGUUGUUGACAGUGUCAACUGUUUUGUUAGGGAUUGCGUCGCAAGCAAGAAAUAUGUUCUAAAUGCGAGUUUAAUUCACAAAACAAUAGCUUUUAUACCAAAUAAAAAACGAUAAGAGAUCGUGUCAAAAAGUAGCAAAUUUAAACAUAAAAAGUAUUUAUAAUGAACAUAUACAAUAAACUCCGCAGUAGAGAACACGGACUAGCUAAUGAUUGCUCUUAUGACUUUGCGCUGCAUCGCUUGUGCGUCCACAGGCAGGACAGCUGGCGUGGCAUUGCGCCAGCUAACUACAGUCCAGACUUCAAUCCGGAGCCACCGAUAUUUUCAGCAAAAUUUGCCAAUUGUGAUGGCUAUCGACACAUUUUGGCUAUAGCCAAUGAGGAUGGCAAGAUUGCGUUGCAGGACACAACCGCGCGUAACCAAGAGACAGAGGAGCAAGCACUGAGUGCACCACAAUGCCAUUUCAAUGCCGUUUUCGAUUUGGAGUGGGCGCCGGGACAAAUGCGUUUCGUUUCCGCCUCGGGCGAUCACACAGCUCGUCUAUGGGAAGUCUCUGGGUCGGGCAUACGUGGUCUGAAUUCCUAUGUGGGUCACACGAGAUCCGUUAAGACGGCCGCCUUCAAACGCACAGAUGCAGCUGUCUUUGCCACAGGCGGACGCGAUGGCGCCAUACUCAUCUGGGAUAUACGUGCGAAUCUCAACGUGGACCUCACUUCCCGUGUUGAUAACUGCAUUUAUAGCGGUCAUACAGGCGGGCCGGGCACACCGCAAUCGCACCGUAAACAAAGAACCCGAACACCCAAGAUAACAAACAGCAACAGCACCAACACAUCGAGCAGCAUCACAGGCUUAGCGUUCCAAGACAAUGAUACGCUGAUCUCAUGCGGAGCGGGCGAUGGUGUGAUCAAAGUUUGGGAUCUGAGGCGCAAUUACUCGGCCUAUAAGAAGGAGCCACUGCCCAGACAUAGUCUACCUUACGCCGGCUCGUCCACGUUCAAAGGAUUCACUAAUCUCAUAGUCGAUGCUGCGGGCACGCGUCUCUAUGCCAACUGCAUGGAUAACACGAUCUAUUGCUAUAAUCUUAUCUCGUACGCAGCCAAGCCUAUGGCUAGCUAUAAAGGCUUGCUUAACUCUACGUUUUAUAUCAAGAGCUGCCUGAGUCCGGAUGGCAAGUAUUUGCUCAGUGGCAGCAGCGAUGAGAGAGCCUAUAUCUGGAAUUUGGAUUACGCGGCUGAGCCGUUGGUUGCCCUGGCUGGGCAUACGGUGGAGGUCACCUGUGUUGCCUGGGGCUCAACGCAUGAUCGUCCAAUUGUCACCUGCAGCGAUGAUGCCAGGCACAAGAUUUGGCGCAUUGGCCCACAGCCGGAAAGCGUGACAGCAGCCGAGCGAGCGGAGCUAUAUCGUGGACAGUCGAGCUACGUGAGGGAGUUCGAUAAGGCGGCCAAGGCCAGCUCCUCCUCACAGCACACAUAUAAUCUGCGGGAUUUGGAAUCUACGCCACGCUCGCUGAAGCGUCUUAUGGAGCAAAAUGAACGCACGCCCAGCUCUGUGGAAAAGACAAGCAUCAAACGUUCAUUUCUAGAAAUGCUUGGCGGCAUUGGCAGCGACGGCAGUCAGCAGGCAGACCAACAGCUGGAGCAGCCGCUUCAAAAGCGCACGAAGAGCUUUGAAUCCAGGGGACGUCGUCUAUUCCCAGCCAGCAGUCAGCAACAGCAGCUGCCAGGCAUAGUCGAAGAGGAAGCGUCCGCCACUUUGUCCAGCAAUCAAGAGAAUGUUAAGGAGCAGCUGACAGCCCCUACGACCUCGGCUGUUAAAUUGUCAACGCCGUCUCCUUUGAGUGAGGUGCAAACAAAUAACAUUGCCUACAACUCGCCGCCCACAACAUCCGCCCAGGCAGCAGCAGCAGCAGCAGCAGCCGCAGACGCGGCAGCCAGCUCAACUUCCGCCUCCUCGCUUUCGCUACACUCUCUCACCGCGUUGAUCUACUCGCCCACCUCAAAUUUGCCCAACUAUGUGCUGGACGGCGAGGCACCGCACCUGGCCAUCAUGUCGCCCAAGCGUAAGGCCAAGGAGAAGGUCGAUUGGUUGACGAAGAUUCGCAAACAGAAGCUGAUGAGUCGCGGCAGCUUAACGCUCAGCGAGAAGAUGAGCGUGGAGGAUGCUUCGCUGGAUGUGCUGGCCUUGUCGCCGCGUCUGCAAAGCCUGCGCAAUUCCGAAUGCAGUCCACGGUUGCAGGCAACGCCCCGGCGGCGCAUAUCACACACUGAUAACAAUGCACCUCAUCUCCGCACGCCCACAUCGAGCAGAAGGAACAGCGAGACGACGCUGCUGCGCUUCUUCAGUGUGCAGCGCAUCGGGAGUGCGAAUGAAGCGCCGGAAACUGCAGAAGAGGCCGCAGCAAGCGAAGCUGAGUUGAAUACCCUGUCGCCGCCAGCUGAUGGGAGUCCCUUGAUGCGGCACACGCCUAGUGCAGCCGUUGGCAGUGACUGAUCCCAAUCCCAAUCCCAAUCCCUCCCACUUUUGUACAAAACAAGUCCUGAAUAUAAUAGCCCAAUACCUAACCCAAUCUCUUUGCAGGACAUACCUUAGCUUAAAUUUGUAUUUUAAGCUUUUUUCUUUGUUUAUCUCAACAAAAUUACCUUUCCCUUUUUUGUACAAACCAACUAAAUAUAAUAUCUACCAUAUAAU